CCCUCCUCCCUCCCUCCCUCCCUCUACUCCUCUCUCUCUCCUCCCACCCCCUCCGUUCUCCCCUCGGCUGCAGCCCGAGCCCGGCCCGCCAGCUGGGCUGGCAGGAGGGCGGCGGCGGCACCACCAUGAGCUUUGAGGGUGGCCACAGCGGCAGUCGGCGCCGCGGGGCGGAAAGCGGGGACACCGAGCCGCCCCCGUCGCCUCCCCCGCCGCCGCCGCCGCCGCCGCCGCCGGGAGAGCCGGCCUCGGUCCCCGCGCCCCCACGCUACCUGCCACCUCCGCCCGCGCCGCCCGCGUCCCCCGAGCGCGCCGCGGGACCAGACGAGCCGCCGACGGAGGUGGUCCCGCGGCGCCGGGGCGCGGACGAGCUGCCGCCGCCUCCCGCGCCCCUGCCGCCCGCCGGCCAGGAGGUGUCGGCGGCUGGCGACUCCGGGGAAGGUCCGAGGCUCCUUCCCGAGGCGGCUGUCCCCGAGGCGGCGGCGGGGAAGGGCGUCCCCGGGGAGCCUGAGGCCGGCGCGGGCGGGGAGGGCGAGCGGCGGGGCGCCAGCGACCAGCCCGAGACGCGCUCGGUGUGUAGCAGCCGCAGCAGCAGCAGCGGCGGUGGCGACCAGCGCGCCGGGCACCAGCACCAGCACCACCAGCCCAUCUGCAAGAUCUGCUUCCAGGGCGCCGAGCAGGGGGAGUUGUUAAAUCCCUGCCGAUGUGACGGAUCCGUUCGGUACACACAUCAGCUGUGCCUGCUGAAAUGGAUCAGUGAGAGGGGUUCCUGGACCUGUGAGCUCUGCUGUUACAGAUACCAUGUCAUAGCCAUUAAAAUGAAACAGCCUUGCCAGUGGCAAAGCAUUUCUAUAACACUGGUUGAGAAAGUUCAGAUGAUUGCUGUAAUCCUAGGAUCCCUGUUCUUAAUAGCAAGUAUGACCUGGCUCCUCUGGUCUGCCUUCAGCCCCUAUGCAGUGUGGCAGAGGAAGGACAUCCUUUUUCAAAUCUGCUAUGGAAUGUAUGGUUUUAUGGAUCUAGUGUGCAUAGGUCUCAUUGUCCACGAAGGAGCUGCAGUUUACAGAGUGUUUAAGCGCUGGCGGGCUGUUAACUUACACUGGGAUGUAUUGAAUUAUGAUAAAGCCACAGACAUCGAAGAAAGUAGCCGGGGAGAGUCUUCCACAAGCAGGACUUUAUGGUUGCCACUGACGGCCCUGCGGAACAGGAACUUGGUCCACCCGACGCAGUUAACUUCCCCCAGGUUUCAGUGUGGCUACGUGUUACUGCACCUGUUCAAUCGGAUGAGGCCCCAUGAAGAUCUGUCCGAAGAUAACAGCUCAGGGGAGGUUGUGAUGAGAGUGACUUCUGUGUGACAAAAGCGUAAGGCGGCGUGGUGUAGACCACCCUGCACAUCUUGGAAUGUAAUUGCAAUGAAUGGCGAAACCACAGCACUUCUAAAAACACACAUCUAUGAACUUUUUAAAAUUUAUGCUUUUUAUAUGAACAUUUGAAUUGCAAAUACAUUUUUCUGAAAAAAAAAUAGCUCUCUGGUUCUUUGUUUUCUGAUUUCCCACAUCUUUUAUAAGUUGGUACUUGAAAUCAUUAUACAUAUAAUUUAACCCUACUUGGUUCAAAGAAUGAUGGAAGCUGUCCUGAAGGCCGAGACUAUUUUUUCUUGCUUGUUUUAAAUAUAUUUUUUA